UUCUCUGGAGACACUGGCCAAGGAAAACAAAACAUGUUGGAAGGCCAACAGCUGCAUGCCCCACCACGACGUGACCGCAGAGACCCGGGGUGUAGAAGGGUGUCUCUGCUUGGUGGGAGGACACGUGCAGGCCGAGGAGAGGCAGGAAGAAGGCUGCCUCCGACUCCCCACUGGACUGCAUGGCGACGGUGUGUGGUGGGGCAGUCAGCUAAGCCAUUUGCCUGAGUGGCUGUCGGGCAUCUGCGUGCUGGGGACCGACAGUGUGGAUGUGUUAGGAGGAUCUGUAUGGAGCACAUUGCUGCCUCUGGCUAGGACAGGGUGGAAAGGGUGGCGUGGCUACAGCCUGACCCAUGGGCACCGUCCUACCCUUUGUUCUGUGCUUCAAAGUGUCAGUCAUGUGCUGGGGUCUGUGGGCCCAUGACUCAGACGGUGAGCUCUGACCUUCCUGAGCCAGGGCUUUGCUGUAGUUCUGUCUGGCUCAGGAGCUCUAGGACAAGGGGACUGCUCCAGGUCUGCAUCUAAGGUGUGGCAGGGCCCCUCGGCACUCUUGUGCACUAGUGUCAUCUUUCCCAUUGAAAUGACUGUGAGGACCAGAAUGUGCACAUGCAGAUGGGCAGCUACUUGUCUGCCUUGGCCCUUUAUUACAUAACUUGCUGGGUGUGUGGAGAUGCCACCCCCCCCACCCCCCGCAGUCAGAGCCCCUUUAUGAUGUCGUGGGGCUGGUUACAUGACUGCCAAGGGGUGCUGCUGGCCACACUGCACUAGCAAGUUUGCCAGAUGGAGGACAAGCCAUCAUUGAGUAUGGCUCGCUGUGAGGAAAGACAUUCGAGAGGACAGGGUCAUGGCUUGGAAAGGGUGCCUUUUCCUCCCCAAUUGCACUCAGAGACCUACCUUCACCCAGCAGAUCCUUCCCCUGCCUGGGAUGACCCAGUGUCCACUGGGAGCCCUAACUUCAGGCUGCUGACAGAAGAAAUCGCUUUCCAACCUCUGGCCGAGGAAGCUUCGUUCAGAAGGCCACACCCUGACGGUGACGACCCGCCCCAGGGAGAAGAUAAUCUCCUCUCCCUCCCCUUUCCGCAGAAACUGUGGAGACUGGUCAGCAGCAACCAGUUUUUGUCCAUCUGGUGGGAUGACAGUGGGGCUUGUAUAGUGAUCAGUCAAAAACUCUUUGAAAAGGAGAUUCUCAAAAGGGACGUCGCACACAAAGUGUUUGCCACAAAUUCGAUAACCAGCUUCUUCCGCCAGCUAAACUUGUACGGCUUCCGAAAACGGCGUCAAUGCACUUUCAGGACCUUCACCCGCAUUGUCUCCGCAAAAAGGCUGGGCUCCAUCUUGAAUAAGUUAGAGUUCUACUGCCAUCCUUACUUUCAAAGAGACGCCCCUCACCUCCUCGUGAGGAUGAAGAGAAGAGUGGGCGUCAAGUCUGCACCAAGACAUCAGGAAGAGGACGAGCCAGAAGCUGCUGGAUCCUGUCUGGCACCAGCAGACCCUGAGCAACAAGAUCACACGUCUCCGAAUGAGAAUGACCAGGUCACACCACAACACCAGGAACCGGCCGGUCCCAACACCCAAAUCAGGAGUGGCUCUGCUCCACCAGCAACUCCUGUGAUGGUGCCCGAUCCCACCGUGGCGAGUGACAACGCUCCAGCGACCCAGCCGGCCGGCGAGUGGUCAGAGGGCAGCCAGGCUCACGUCACUCUGGUGGCCGCUGUCCCUGAGCCUGCAGCGCUGCCCUUCCUCUAUGUCCCCGGAUCUCCCACUCAGAUGAAUUCUUAUGGGCCUGUGGUGGCCCUUCCCACAGCUUCCCCUAGUACCCUUGUCAUGGACACCACAGGACUUCCUGCACCCGGCGUGCUGCCCUUCUGCCAUCUCUGGGUACCGGUGACCCUAGUGGCUGCUGGGACUGCACAGCCUGCUGCCUCCAUGGCCAUGUUCCCCCAUCCCCCAGCUCUGCACCACCAUUGCCCCCACAGCCACCACACGUCACAGUACAUGCCAGCUAGCGAUGGGCCCCAGGCGUACCCAGACUACGCAGACCAGAGCACAUAGAGGCGAGCAUUUGGGCAGAAUAUGUGCUGGUCAAUAAAUGUGUCAGAAAAUGAGUAAUUUUCUGACGGCACAAAAAAGUCUU